AUGGAUGUAGCACACAAACGAGAGUCUUGGGACACUAGACCCGAAACAACGAAGGAAGAGGAGAGGACAUUGAGAAAGCCCUGGACCGAAGAUUGGCUUCGAAAUCAGUCUGAAAUAUUAAAAGACAGACAGUACCGUUGGAUGUUUGAACAUCGUCCAGCGAGACGAUUUCGUAUAACGAUAAAGGAGGCUCUACUCAAACCAGUAGACCCUUCCUUGCCAAAACGUAACAGCAUGAAUGUUCGAGAGCGUGCCGCCGCCAUAAUCCGAGAGGAACUGUAUUUUUACCCUCCUGUCAUGGAACAGAUUAUCCAAGGAAUCGACCAUUUUGAAUCCUGGAACCGCGACACGGCACGCGAAUACAUCAACAGAGCUCAAAAAGAGAUCGACGAGGAGUGGAAAAAGGCGGAUGAGUGGGAGGCGGAGGUGGAACUUGCGAGAAAGAAUAAGGUGGAAAAACAUCCUUUUAGGGAGGCAUGGGAUGAUCUCUUCCUAUUGUGUAGGGCUGGAUCGGAGAAGUUAAAAAGAAUGCCCGGUGAUGUACGAACCUUUAAGUUCUUAUUCGAGAAGAAGAGACGGGAGGAGUAUGUGCAGUCGAUGGCCUGGUUUUUGAAGGCGAAACGUGAUGCGAUUGUGAGAACAUUUGAGUUCUUAUGGAUGAAGGGUGGGGAGCAGAAGGCGUGGGAGGAGAUGAGUUGGCUGGAGAGAUGGAUGGUCACGAUCAAUGGACCAUGCGGAGGAACACAGGUUCCUUGGACGAGACAUGUAGAGAAGAAGUAG